AUGGGAAGUGUGGCGCCCUAUCAAGAUCCGACCCACCACGGCCUCAAGGACCACGAGAGGCUGAUUGACGAGAUCCUACAUGAACGGCCAUGGACCCAGCCAGGGACUUGCUCUUCUGUCCUCGAUAGACUCCCCGCCGAGAUCCUUCACGAAAUCCUCUCCUACCUACCGGCUCAGGAUCUUGCCCGCGUGUCUUCGAGUUGUCAAGUGCUUGCCGAGCAUGGCGCUGACGACCGACUAUGGGCCAAACUGGUCAACUCACAUUUGCCCUCUUCGAUCCCUGAUCCGGGACCCUUCUCGUCAUUUCGACGCCUAUACCUUGCCCAUUUAUCAUAUUGGUUCAUCCCGCAGUAUAAGAUCUGGUUCGCGGACAAUGAGCACACGGGCAACUUGAUUCUGGCUCGCUAUGAUAACCGAAGGGGCGUAAUCGAGGGCUACCGAUUACUCGCAGACCGAGGCAGCCCCAGCUUCCAAAUUUGGCAGUCGAACCCUGAUGUCAUGAUCCAGUCGUUUGAUCCCAAGGUCGUCUUGUGGCUAGACGACCCUGUAUUGUUUCUCAAAGACCCGGAGCCUACAAAGCCUAUAGCUGCAUGCCAGACUUGGAAGAUGGAGCGUCGAAUGCCGAUGGCUGCAGAAACUCAGAGUGUCUUUUGCUCACUAUUAUUGUGUCCCAAAGAGAACUCGUCCUUGCAGGUUAACCAAGGGCCAUUAUGGCCCCCUCUGACCAUCCCUAGUCAACACCGUAUACGCAGAGAAAAUUCCCCACAGAGAUUGCCUGACCCUGAAUGCUUAUCUCAAGCUUCGGAGAGAGCAUUUCGAAUCCGGAGAUGGGCCAACUUCCAGGUGGUUUCCCCAGGCCAUAAUGAAGCAAGGACAACGUAUGCAACGCUUGACCCCAGCUUGUAUGUCCCAACUAAGGAGAAGCCAUAUCAAGGCAUCUGGGUUGGAGAUUACUCAGCGCACGGGUGUGAAUUUCUUUUGUUUAUUCAACGAGGUGUUCAGACCCAGAGCUCAGACCAAGCAGACUUUGGGGGAUUGGUUCAUAGCGGCAGUUUAGAAGCAGUCAAACUCACGGGUGAUCCAAAUGUUCCCCGUGGUGCUAUAUCAUUCGUGGCCCAUGACAUUGGCCCUGGAGGUCUCGUCCGGGUGGAUGACAAGGAACCCUUUGAGAAUGCACGUAUUGUGCGGUGCAUGGGUCAUGUUGCCGGUAUUGGCUUCCAGGAUGACACGUUCAUCACCUCUCAACUUAUUCUUAUCUCACCGGAUUAUAUUGCGCAUUACUGGAAGGAAAUGGGCCACGUCUCCUACUACCGCAGAGUGGACAUUGAUACUCUAAUCCAGAUAUAA